GAAGUUUGUAUCCAUCCCCCCACCACAGCCCUGGAUUAUGAGCAUGCCACUAAGCAGCGCAAGCAGUCUUCUCGGUCCAUGGCUUGUCGGGCUUUGCUUAGAUUUGUACCUCCAGGGCAUCCUGUCUGCUCAGAUGUUGAAUUACGUUUCGUGGUAUGGAAAGACGGACAAGCUGACAGUUCGCGCGUCCGUUGGGUUUCUUGCUUUGAUCACGACGCUCAAGUCAAUUCAGAGCUUUGCUAUCGUCUGGGUCCAGCAGAUAGAAGAUUUUGCAGAUAUCCAAAGUGCUGGUCAAUUAUUAACCACGGCGUGGUACGAAGUCGGCAAUCCAUUGAUGGUCGCCCUCAUCAGUUUUUACGUUCAAUGUUAUUAUUGCUAUAGAUUGUGGGUCAUAUCGGAGAGGUGGUGGGUAGUUCUGCCCAUCGUGCUGGUCUGCAUAUUUGCUAUCAUCGCCGCCGUAUUGACUACACGAGAUAUUGUUCACUUCAACGGUUCCCUGCCCUACUGGAUGUCUGCUCAUUUCGCGACUGUCUUUGUCGCAGAUGUGCUUCUGGCCGCAACAACAGCGUUUUUCCUCCUGAAAACCAGAAGGAAUGUUCUGCCACAAACUAAAGGCAUGAUCAACGCCCUGGUACGACUCACGUUCCAAACAGCAAUGCCUGCCGUCAUAUGUGCCCUUCUCACCAUGAUCUGCGUCUACCUUCCGAUGGGCAAACCUAGAGUCUCGACCACAUUUAACCAGGCUCUACCCAAGCUGUAUGCUAUCAGUAUGAUGUGGACCCUCAAUGCCCGGAAAGACAUUCGUGUCUUCUACUAUGAUAACGCGACCUCCAGGACGCAUUCGCGGUCCCAAAGACCUACUCUCACGGGUAGAUAUUCAAUUCAGGUCCUUACUCGUACGGAGGUCCUCCAGAUGUCGGACGCGGAUACGCAUACAGAUACCACAGCCAGAAAAAGUGAAGAAGAGGCGUCCAUUCAAAAGAAGCAAAUUGAAUAAAUUUCUAGAUUCUUAAAUAUAUUGUGGGUGAUCAUAACUACAGAUUAGAGCGGUUUCAUUAUUAGCGUUAUUCUAAAG